AUGACGACCGAUCAGACGCGAGAUUCGUCCGCGGAAGCGCCGCUAAGCGGUCCUAACCGCCAUGAAUUCGCCGCGGAUGUGCCGCCAGAAGUCGUGGCGGCAAGCGCGGCGAUUUUGACGGAGAAGGAGCAAGACCCGGUGACGAGGCGCGAGUGGUGGGGGUGGUUUAUUUACAACGCGGCGGGAAACGCGUUCUCCCUCGUCGCCAUGUCGAUCUUCUUCCCGCUGCUUCUCGUCUACCUCGCCACCGCGCAGGCCGCCACGCAGGCCGGCGCGCCGCCGCCUCCGCAGUGCAACGCGACGCUCACGACGGGCUGCUUGCAAUGCGUGGCCGGCAAGGGGCAGCAGCUGAUGACCUACACGGUGUACGACGCGCGGAAUCUGCAGGUGGGAGUGCUGUCCAUGGAGCCCGUGGCGCACACGACGACGGUGGUGAUCGGCUACACGGCGUACGAGACACCGAAUCUGCAGGCGGGCGCGCUAUCCAUGGAGCCCGUGGCGUACACCACGGUCAUUGGGCUGGCUCUCACAUCCCUGCGUUUCCUUUCCCCCUUCCCUCGUGGCAGCUACACGGCGUACGACUCGCCGAAUCUGCAGGCGGGCGCGCUGUCCAUGAGUCCCGUGGCGCACAAGACGCUACACGGCGUACGACUCGUCGAACCUGCAAGCCGGCGCGCUAUCAAUGGAGCCCGUGGCGUACACCACGGUCGCCAUCGGGCUGACCCUCACAUUCCCUCUUUGCCCAAUGCCCCAUCCCAAUCCCCCUUCCCCUCCCCCACACCUCCCGGCAGCUACACAGCAUACGACUCGCCCAACCUGCAGGCGGGCGCGCUUUCGAUGGAACCCGUGGCGUAUACAACGGUCAUCAUCGGGCUGGCUCUCACACCCACGCAUUUCCCUUCCCCCUUCCCUCGUAACAGCUACACGGCGUACGACUCGCCCAACCUGCAGGCGGGCGCGCUGUCGAUGGAGCCCGUGGCGUACACAACGGUCAUCAUCGGGCUGGCCGUGGUGGUGCAGAUCAUCGGCCUCGUGUGCUUCGGCGCCGAGGCGGAUUUCGGGCAGGGCCGAUGGCGGAUGCUGCUGGUGGGAACGCUGAUGGGGGUAGUACCCUGCAUUCUCUGCCUGGCGCUCACGUCACCGUCGCUCUGGUGGCUUGCUGGGCUCUUUGCCAUCAUCGCCAAUCUCGGAUACGGCAUCUCGCUUGUCGGCUACAACAGCUAUCUGCCUGUGCUGGUGGACGCGUCUCCAAAGGUGCUCUCUGCGGGCCCAGAUGAGGCAUCCAUCCUUGCUGUCCGCGAGAAGGUGGAGAACAAGGCUUCCCUGUCAGGCCUGGCAAUGGGCACUCUAGGGAGCGUGCUCUCCAUGCUGCUCACCUUCGCCACCACGCUCCUCAUCCCAGACGACCUCCUCAAGCUCCGAGUCACCGUGGCAGUCUGCGGCGUGUGGUGGAUCGCCCUCUCUGCCUUCACCUUCGCCUGGCUGCACCCGCGCCCCGGUCCCCCCAUGCCCAAGACCGGAUUCUCCAUGCUCAACCGCUGGCGCCACCUCUUCGGUCUCUUCAAGGAGGCUUCCCGGUACCGCUACACGUUCAUCUUUCUCAUCUGCCUCGUCGCUUACGGGAGCGGAUUCACGACCAUGCUGCAGAUGGCGGUGCUCUUCGGCCAAAACGACCUCUGCCUGUCUGUAUCAUCCAUGGCGAUUAUCGCACUCACCGUCGCUGUCGUGGCGAUCGUUGGCAUGCCCCUCGCGCUGCUCUUCCAGCAGAAAACCCACGCGACGAACAAGACCAUGGUCGUGAUUCUCCUCACAUGCCUAGUUCCCCUGCCUGUGUGGGGAUUCAUCGGGUAUUUCACCGCAGACGGGGGAUUCGGGCUGAAAUCCGCGUGGGAGAUUUACGUGUGCGCGGCGUGGCUGGGGUUCUUCUUGGGCGCGCUGACGUCAUACUCGCGCACACUGUUCAUUGACUUCAUCCCCGUGGGUCGCGAGGGCGCCUUCUUCACGUUGUUCUUCAUCUGUGAUCGCAUCAGCUCCUGCAUCGGCCCCUUUGUCAUCGCGGCUGUCACGCAGGGCGCCUUCUUCACGCUCUUCUUCAUCUGUGAUCGCAUCAGCUCCUGCAUCGGCCCCUUCGUCAUCGCGGCUGUUACGCAGGACGAGCACAUGCGACAGAAAACCGCUAGCGCGUUUCUCGACCUAGACGACCCUGGCGGAAGCGGAAAGCGCGCAGGAAGCGCCGGAGGCGGGGGAAACGCGGGAAGCGGGGAAUACGCGGGAGGAGAGGAAUACGCGGAGGGCUCAAGGGUUCCUCUGACGAAGCGGGAGCUAUGGGGCUGGUACUCGUACAACGUGGCCGCAAACUCGUUCAGCGCGGUCGCCAUGCCGAUUUUCAUCCCGCUGCUGCUGCUGCUCCUCGCCGACGCGCAAGCCUGGAACGACUCGGGCGCUGCCAAACCACCGCAGUGCACCGAUCUGAUCACCGCCGACUGCUUUCAGUGCGUGCCGGGGAAGGGAAACCAGCUGGUGACGUCAGCGGGAGCGUACAGCGAGCUGGAGCAGCCGCGCGUGCGCCUCGGCGCGCUUAGCAUCAACCCCGUGUCGUACGCGACGAUCGUCAUCGGCGUCGCCGUGUGCUGCCAGAUCGUCGCACUCGUGUCGCUCGGGCCGUUCACCGACUACGGCCGCGGCAGGAAGCAGAUGCUGAAGGCGGGCACGUGGAUGGGCGCAUCAGCAUGCACAGCCCUCCUCUUCAUGCUCACCCCCUCCCUCUGGCUGCUCGCCGGUCUCCUCGUCAUCAUCGCCAGCAUUGGAUACGGCCUCGCCACAGUCAGCUACAACGGCUACCUGCCCCUCCUCGUGCACGCCUCGCCCGAAGUACUCUCCGCCGAGGCACAGGCCGACCCGGAAGCAGUCGCGGCCACACGGGAAGACGUGGAGAAUCGGUACUCUCUUAUUGGGCUCGCGGCGGGGUGUCUGGGUGAUAUACCGAUCACGCUCGUUGCGUUUGCGCUCACGCUGGUUUCCUCGGACGAGUCGGUUCAGAUGCGCGUUGCCACCGCGUUUUGCGGCCUCUGCUGGAUUCUCUUCGCCCUCCCCACUUUUCACUACCUCCGUGCCCGACCGGGACCCCCCCUCCCGCUUCCCCCUCCCCCCUCUGCGGGAGAUCAUGAGGCAAAGGGGGCGGAGGAAGGCAGGGACGGAAGCUUCUGCUACUCCGUCUGUAGCAGCGCUGGCUGCCACAGCUCGGGAGAGACCUGCCGGGGUUGCCGCUACAGCUGGGGGUCGUGCUACAGCCGGGUGCGGUUCUUUUUCAGCGUCGUGGGUGCGAGCUGGAAAGGCAUGGGGGACACAUUAGCGGACGCGUAUCGGCACCACCGCAACGCUCUCGUGUUCAUCGCAUGCUACUUUGUGUAUGCUGACGGCUUCUCCACUAUCAUCCAAGUCGGGGUUAUUUUCGGGCAGCAGGAUCUGUGCGUGCCGCCCGCAACCCUCGCCAUCCUCGCCACCUCGGUUUCGUUCUGGGCGGCAGCCGGCAUGCCGGUUCUCUACCUCAUACAGAGACGAACCAAGUGGAGCAACAAGACAAUGGCAAUGAUUGCCCUGGGCGGCAUGCUGCCUUUGCCGCUGUGGGGCCUUAUCGGCUACUUCACAGAUAGCUUCGGGUUGAAGCAAACGUGGGAGUUAUUCGCUUACGUGGGGUGGUUCGGCCUGUGUCUGGGCCCGCUACUAUCGUACUCUCGUACACUGUAUGUGGACCUAAUGCCGUCGGGCAAGGAGGGGGCGUUCUUUGCCAUCUACACCAUCAGCGACAAGGGCAGCUCGUCCUUCGGCCCAUUCGUCGUCGCCAUCAUCGCUCAGGUUUCUGGCACGAUUCGGCCCACCUUUGUGUACAUAUUCCUGGUCAUGUUCAUACCCCUUAUAGUCGUCAUCUUUUGCCUCGACCACAAGCAAGGCAUGGAAGACGCUGGCCGCAACAAGGUCACAACAACAGUGAAGACAUCGGAGGACGGCGAGGAGGCUCCUGAAGCAUGUGGGGAGGGAGGAUCGGAGCUUCACUCUGCGGGUGCUCAAUCCAGUCACAGUGGCAGUAGAAGAGAUGAUGCAGGGUAG